UUCCUUUUCACUGAGUCGAGUGUUUGGUGUGGUCGCGGUGCACUUUAUCACAGCAGUAAGAACACUAAGGUCUCCAGUCUACUAUGGAUGAGGAGAGAGAGGAGGGGGGACCUACCUCUAAAACCACUCUGUCUGGGGAACAUGGCCGCCAGAGCAAAGCUAAGAGCUCAGAGCAGCAGGAGAGAGCAGACUCCCCUGGACCCAGCUGUGUCUCCAUGAAGAGUGACCACUCUAUGGAUCCACCUGCUAAUUUCAAAGAUGGAAAUCAGUCUAUUGAGAAGAAAAUAGUUCAGCAGAAUAGAGCAGACUCCCCGGGACCCAGCUGUGUCUCCAUGAAGAGUGACCAGUCUAUGGAUCCACCUGCUAAAUUCAAAGAUGGAAAUCAGUCUAUUGAGAAGAGACAAGUCCAGCAGGAGGGAGCAGACUCCCCUGGACCCAGCUGUGUCUCCAUGAAGAGUGACCACUCUAUGGAUCCACCUGCUAAGUUCAAAGAUGGAAAUCGGUCUUUUGGGAAAAGAAAACACCAGGAGAGAUCAAAGGUUACCAGUGCUCAGUCUGUACAGCAGCAUCAAACAGAGCUGAUCAAGAGGGCUGAGGAGAACGCACACGCUUUUCUAGACAAGGAGCUGAAGAAGCUCUGGAGGGUUCUCUACCCAGAUUACCCACAAUGCUCAGAGAGUCAGAGGGAGGAGGAGGAGGAGGAGGUGGAUGGUAAGAAAGAGGAGCAGAGGAGGCGCGCCAUAGAGGGAGUGGUAGACAUCACAAAGCUCUGCCUGAUGGAGACGAACCAGGAGGAACUGGCCGACACAUUGUGGGGCGGAGCGGUUGCUGUUGGGUGCCAACAUAAAAUCAAGUCUCAUCUGAAAGAGAAGUUCAGGAAUGAGUAUGAGGGAAUCGCUAAAGCAGGACAGCCAACCGGUCUGAAUGACUUCUACACAGAGCUCUUCAUCACAGCGAGAGGCAGUGGAGAGGUCAACCAGGAACAUGAGAUCAGACUGAUUGAAACAGCUUACAGGAAACCAGCCAGGGAGGAAACACCAAUCAAAUGUGAAGACAUCUUUAAAUCCUUAUCUGGACAUGAUCAACCAAUCAGAACAAUAAUGACAAAUGGAGUGGCCGGCAUUGGUAAAACCGUCUUAACACACAAGUUUACUCUGGACUGGGCUGAAGGUAAAGCCAACCACGACAUACACUUCACAUUUCUCUUGACUUUCAGAGAGCUGAAUUUACUGAAAGGGAAAGAGUUUAGCUUGGUGGAACUUCUUCAUCUCUUCUUUAUUGAAACAAAAGAAGCAGCUAUCUGCAGAUACGACCGGUUCAAAGUUGUCUUCAUCUUGGAUGGUCUGGACGAGUGCCGACUGCCUCUGGACUUCCAGAACAACCAGGUCUGGACUGAUGUCACAGAGUCCACCUCGGUGGACGUGCUUCUGACAAACCUCAUCAGGGGCAUCCUGCUUCCCUCCGCUCGCAUCUGGAUAACCACACGCCCUGGGGCAGCCCAUCAGAUCCCUGCUGAGUGUGUUGACAUGGUGACAGAGGUGAGAGGCUUCAACAACUCACAGAAAGAGGAGUACUUUAGGAAGAGAUUCAGAGAUAAGACGCUGGCCAGCGCAAUCAUCUCCCACGUCAAGACAUCACGAAGCCUCCACAUCAUGUGUCACAUCCCAGUCUUCUGUUGGAUCAGUGCAUCAGUUCUGGAGGACUUCUUCCAACCAUCCCAGAGAGGAAAAGACACACCCAAGACCGUCACUCAGAUGUACAUCCACUUCCUGAGGGUUCAGUCCAUACAGGGGGAUAGAAAGUACCAUGGGAGAGCUGAAACAGAUCUAGACUGGAGUCCAGAGAGCAAGGAGAUUAUUUUUCGUCUUGGAAAACUGGCUUUUAACCAGCUGGAGAAAGGCUACCUGAUCUUCUAUGAGGUAGACCUGGCAAAGUGUGGCAUCGAUAUCAGAGCAGCCUCAGUGUACUCAGGAGUGUUCACCCAGAUCUUUAAAGAGGAGUGUGGGCUGUACCAGGACAGGGUGUUCUGUUUUGUCCAUCUGACGAUCCAAGAGUUUCUGGCUGCCCUUUAUGUUCUUCUGGAAUUCCUCGACACUGGGAACAAUCUGCUCUCAGAAAAAAAAUUAAUCAAUAGUAAUGAUAAACAGGUCCUUUACGAGAGUGCUGUGGACAAGGCCUUAAAGAGUGAGAAUGGACACCUGGACUUGUUCCUCCGCUUCUUCCUGGGCCUCUCUCUGGAGACCAAUCAGAUUCCCCUACGAGGUCUGCUGGAAAAGACAGGACGUACCUCACAGACCAAUAAGAAAACAGUCUGUUACAUCAAGAAGAAGAUAAAUGAAAAUUUCUCUCCAGAGAGAAGCAUCAAUCUGCUCCACUGUCUGAAUGAGAUGAACGAUUGUUCUCUAGAGGAGGAGAUCCAUCAGUACCUGACGUCAGGAAGCAUUUCAACAGAAUCUCUCUCCCCUGGUCAGUGGUCUGCUCUAGCCUUCAUCUUACUGUCAUCAGAAGAGGAGCUGGAUGUGUUUGACCUGAAGAAAUACUCUGCUUCAGAGGAAGUUUUUCUGAGGCUGGUGCCAGUGGUCAAAGCCUCCAAAACAUCUCUGCUGAAUGGCUGUCAUCUGUCAGAGAGAUGCUGUGAAGUUCUGGCCUCCGUUCUCAGCUCCAGCGCCUCUAGUCUGAGAGAGCUUGACCUGAGUACAAAUGAUCUGCAGGAUUCAGGAGUGAAGAUGCUCUCUGCUGGACUGGGGAGUCCACACUGUACACUGGAAACUCUCAGGCUGAAUGGCUGUCAUCUGUCAGAGAGAUGCUGUGAAGUUCUGGCCUCCGUUCUCAGCUCCAGCGCCUCUAGUCUGAGAGAGCUUGACCUGAGUACAAAUGAUCUGCAGGAUUCAGGAGUGAAGAUGCUCUCUGCUGGACUGGGGAGUCCACACUGUACACUGGAAACUCUCAGGCUGAAAGGCUGUCGUUUGUCAGAGAGAUGCUGCGAUGAUCUGGCCUCACUUCUCAGCUCCAACUCCUGUAGUCUGAGAGAGCUGGACCUAAGUACCAAUGAUCUGCAGGAUUCAGGUGUGAAGCUGCUCUCUGCUGGACUGGGGAGUCCACACUGUACACUGGAAACUCUCAGGCUGAAAGGCUCUCGUUUGUCAGAGAGAUGCUGUGAGGAUCUGGCCUCACUUCUCAGCUCCAACUCCUGUAGUCUGAGAGAGCUGGAUCUAAGUACCAAUGACCUGCAGGAUUCAGGAGUGAAGCUGCUUUCUGCUGGGCUUGGGAGUCCACACUGUACACUCGAAACUCUCAGGCUCAAUUACUGUAAACUGUCAGAGAGAUGCUGUGAAGCUCUGGCCUCAGUUCUCAGCUCCAACUCCUGUUGUCUGAGAGAGCUGGACCUGAGUACCAAUGAUCUGCAGGAUUCAGGAGUGAAGCUGCUCUCUGCUGGACUUGGGAGUCCACACUGUACACUGGGAACUCUCCGCUUGUCUGGCUGCCUGGUCACACAGGAAGGCUGUGCUUCUCUGGCCUCAGCUUUGAGCUCCAACCACUCCCAUCUUAGAAAGCUGGACCUGAGCUACAAUCACCCAGGAGACUCAGGGACUUCGUUGCUCUCUGCUGGACUGGAGGAUCCACGCUGGAGACUGGACACUCUCAGUGAGGACCACGGUGGAGUAGGAAGGCUGAAACCAGCUCUAAAGAAGUAUGCCUGUGAACUCACACUUGACCAAAACACAGCCUUCAGACGACUCUCUCUGUCUGAGGAAAACAGAAAGGGGAUGUUGGUUGAAGAGGAGCAGUCUUAUCCUGAUCACCCAGAGAGAUUUGACUUCUGGCCCCAGGUGACGUGUAGAGAGGCUCUGACUGGCCGCUGUUACUGGGAGGUAGAGUGGGAAGGACAUGUUGUAAUAGGAGUGACAUACAGAAGAGGAAAGGGUGAUGACAGAAGGCUUGGAUGGAAUAAUAUAUCCUGGAGUCUUGUUUGUUGUAAUGGUCGUUACUCUGCCUGGUACAACGGUGGAAGAACAGUCAUAUGUCUCCGCCCCGCUGGGUUUAACAGAGUAGGAGUGUAUCUGGACCGGCCUGCUGGCACUCUGUCCUUCUACAGAGUGUCCCCAGAAGGAGGAGGGUCCUCAGACACACUGACACACAUCCAUACCUUCCAUUCCACUUUCACCCAGGAGGAACUCCAGCCUGCGUUUAGGUUAUGGCAUUAUGGUACCUCAGUAUCUCUGUGUCAGUUGUAGCCACACAAACACACACAUGCACACACAUACACACGUAUAUAUAAACUAGGGCUUGGCAAGUUAACGCGUUAAUUACGCAUCAACGCAAUCUUGUUUCAACACGAUUAAUACAAAUUGACGCAUUAACGCACGUUUUCUUUUCUUUCUAUUUUUUACUUUGAUUUUGAAAGGUUUUGCCCACAGAAUAUCAACAUUCAUAUCGGAAAUUAUUUUUGUUUUUAAUUCCAAUUACUUUACAUUUAAUUACACUUGCAGUAAGUGACUGCCUGAUUACAAUUGCACUAAGUGACUUGUCCAACUACAUACAUGUAGGCCAGGGUUGCCGCGGAUCUUGAAAAGUCUUAAAAGUCAUUAAAUUAAAUUUUCGAUAAUCAAGGUCUUAAAUGUCUUAAAAAGUCUGGAAUUAUUGGGUGGGCGGCAUUAAAUUUAAUCGGGGGCAGAAUUAAUGAGCGGGUGUAUAUUUGUUCAGUUUUAUAUUCUAUUUUACCAACCACAAUGUCCGAUUGGUCACAUCGAUAGUAUUCUUCUUCAGUGUCCGAAUUGAACAGUUGGGCGAGUACGGCAUCCAACAUGCCCGGCUCCCUCUCGUCAUUAUCCGAGUCAGUGUCGCUGCUGUUGCCUGGCAGUUCAUUGAUUAUUCCUGCCUUCGUGAAAGCUUGGACCACAGUUGAGACUGAUAUAUCAGCUGCCCAGGCAUCCACGAUCCAUUGGUAGAAAGUGGCGUAAGUAGCCCGGUGCUGUCUUCCCGUCUUGGUGAACGUGUGUUCGCCUUCUAAGGCCCCGUCCACACGAAGCCGAUUUUUUGGUGAAACAGCGUAAGUCUUGUCCGUUCGGGCGACUGUCCAGACGGAGCCGGCGAAUCCGAUGCCCGAAACCGCACAUUUCUGAAACCACCCUCGGUGGUUUCAAAUCUAUCCGGACCUAUGCGGUUUCGUGUUAGGAUUCGUGUGGACGUCUGAAACGCUUGAUGGCAUUAGCCCCCCACCAGCUGGGGGACGUCAGAGUUGCGUUGAAUUUUUUAUUUAUUAUUUUAUUUGUAUUCUCUUUGUAGCUUUAAAUAAAGCCCCUUAAUAAAUGUAAUUACCGAUACUAACUGUACAUUAAAAAGUAUUUCUGCUAAAUUUAAAAGGUUGAAUAUACUCGUGACUGAAUGUUUGUAUACAGCGCGCAGGCUUGAUGCGCUCCACUUUUUUCUGUGGAGAACCAGCGCCUUGAAUACAGCGUUUCUACAGCUCGAUGCGGUUUCGAAAUGACUCUGUCUUUACGAAGUGCGCCUUAUAGUGCGGAAAUACGGUAAUUCACUGAGUUCACCAACUAUCACUCUUCACUAGAAAUGUUGUGUGAAAUGAUUGUCAAGCAGUCUUGCGGUAUCAGCCUAGUAGAUGGAACAGCGAGGUGCCCGAUAGGCGGAGAUCUAGAUCAGCGGGAGUGGCCAGCGAAGCUGUGCAUCGUGGUGCAUGGUGGGAGUUGUUGUCUUCAAUCCACAAGCGCCAAAAAGUCACUUUCUGCCUUUACUCGGUCAAGACGGCCCCAAAUUAGAAUUGUAUUUUAUUAUUCGACUACAUAUAGGACCCAAUUUCAAUACAUAUUCAUGCCUCCCCCGGUGAAAUGCUCCUUUAAAGGUAUAGACGUCUGGGUUAUAUAGAAGUUAAAGGUAUAUUAUAUAGAAGCUGAAUGUUUUCUGUAAAGGCCUAGCAAUUAAUCAGACCUUGGUUAAAAAACAACAUUCAAUCCAUAUGCAUAGUGUUUGCACUAUAUUUAAGUUAUUUUGUUGUUUUCUGUCAUAAUUGUUACACCAUAAGUUUUGUUAUUGGUAAGAUGGCAGUUGUUAAGAACGUUACUAUUCAUUAUUCAAACUGAAUAAAACUCAUAAUGA